AUGUCAAAAGAAUCUCCUUAAAAACAAUCUAACAAAAUUAAUGAAGAUGAGGACCCUCCUCUCGGAGAAGAAUUGACACCAGAUCAGUUGAUUUAGUAGGAGCUAGAAAAAUAGGGAAUCGAGAAAAAGAGAAAGAAAGAUAAAAAAACGCUGAAAGGAAUGCAUAGAAUAAAUUAGAAUAGUGAAAACACUAUUAUCAACGCCUAAAAGGACAAACAAAAAGUGAAACGUUAUGAAGAUGAGAUCAGCUAGCUCGGAUAAGAUUAUGAUAAGUUUAGAGAAAAAGACCCAGAAGUAUUUAACACAAAAGUCAAAUCAGAAGUAGAAUUUGCUUUAUUAAGGAUAUCAGAAAAGAGGUAUAAAGCAGAGAUGGAAGCUGAGAAUUUAAAGCAAGUAUUGAGCAAGAAAAAUGCCUAUAUCCAUGAAUUGGAAAUAAAAAUGAAAGAAAUGAAAAGAGAAAAUGAAUUUUUAAAAACUCAAGUGGUUGAUUUAGAAGAAGAAAACAAGGAUUUAAGUCAAGGCAAGCCAAGGAGACCAAAGCCGUCUUAAGUUGUAAAAAAUAAAUAGGAUUAAUUUAUCUAGAAAAAGGACAAUAAUAAUAAUACAAUUAAGAAUCAAUUUGAAGACACUUUAGAUACUAGAGACGACUUAAGUGAUGCAGGACAUAAUGGAACAAUGAGUAUAUAUUAGAAGUCAGUUGGUAAGGCUAAUAAUAACAUACAUCAUCAAUAACCUUAAUUUGAUGAUGAAGAUGCAUUCUGGUAUCAAAAUGAAAACCCACCUGCUAGGAAUCUUCCAGCAAGUGAAGGGUUUGAUGCUUAUACUAAUACUAAUAGUGGAUAGUAAAAAGAUCUUUGGAUAGGUAAUAAUCAACAGAGUGCAGCUGUCAAUAAUAGUAGCAUCUAAAGAAAUUAACAAUAAGUUGGUCCAUAAAACUAAAAAAUGCAACUACCAAAUAGGGCAACUUAGAAUUAAGAUAGAGUCAAUGAUGAUAUGGCUUUCUAUGGUGUGGGGGUUAAGAGUAAUAAAGCAACAUUUGGACCUAAAGGAGGGAUUAAACAAUGA